CGCCAGUAAAGCCUUUCGGCACGCACUGCGCGCGUUCUAUUUGGAAACUUUCAGAAAGGAUUCGUCAUAAAUUCAUCACCUUCAUGUCGGCACUGCUGAAUAUUUACUCACCGAUGCUAUGGUUACCUUUAUUACGAUCUUACAGGUGAAUCUAGUGAUGUCCAUCCUGCUGUACGUGAUGUUCCUCGCGUACCUCUAUGGUAUCUCGGCAUUCACGAUGGACAAGCAGCGGCCCACGCAGGAUCCCAUCAACACGCUGAUAAUAAAGCUACUGCAGGCCGACAUCAGCCGCAGCCGACAAAAUCAGGACAAGGGAGCCCCGGAUUCAGGUCCACCCACCGCCUCCAACACAGACUUGGAGGAGAAAUUCAGCUCAGCCAUCUACCAACCUGUGACAGACAUCACUAUAGAACUGCUACGUCAGCACAAGCGAUACAACUCUCCGCGUGUUUUGCUUAGCGACCGACCACCUCUCCAGCCCCCGCCGCUCUACCUCACGGAUGACUUUGUCAGCAACCAGGACACCAGCGGCACCAAUAAGACGCGCCAAAAGCGUUACAUCCAGCACAAGAGCUACAGAGGGGAGUAUUCGGUUUGUGACAGCCAGAGCCAGUGGGUGACAGAUCGGACCAAGGCCAUGGACAUUCACGGAAAUCCGGUCAUCCUUACGAGUACCAUCAAUCAAGGAGGAACACCUGUCAAGCAAUACUUUUACGAGACAACCUGUCGGAACACCAAGCCCUACAAGGACGGCUGCCGGGGCAUCGACGAUAAGCACUGGAACUCUGAGUGCAAAACGACGCAGAGUUACGUGCGCGCCCUCACUCAGUCCAAAAGUGGGAUGGGCUGGCGCUGGAUACGAAUAGACACUUCGUGCGUCUGCGCGCUCUCGCGCAAACAUCGCAGGACGUAAAAAAAACACUGCAGUAGACUGCACAACCACUCCACUUUGUAUUUUUCCCUGGGGGCUGUAAAUAUAUAAAUUAUUUAAGUUAUAUGGAAUGCAUAUAGUUUAUACAUGACUGUGUAUAAUGUACAAAUAUACUUAUUUAUUUAUAAGUCAUCUACAGAGAAAAAUCAUUCAAAAAAGACACAGAAAGACUUUUCAUAACAUGCAAUAACAUUGAGGAGCGCUGCGUGGUGAAUAUGUGCCUUGUUCAUGUAUCAGAGGACGCUAGACCUGGACCUUGGGAACAGUUGCAAUGGAAAACAAAUCAAACAAAAAAUUGCUCAAUAUCAACUUCAGUAUUUUUCAUCAAAACCAGUUUUUCUACUGAGAUGUGCUGCCAGUUCUCAUUCAUGUCUGGGGAAACAAUUGACAGUCUAGAUGUUGCCGUAUUUGUAUGUAAACAUACAGUAUAUAUGUAUCAAAACUGCAUGAAAUACCUAAGAAAUAUAUAUAUUUUUCUAUCACCUUGAAAACAUGAUGUUGGUGACUCAUGAGCAGACAAAAAUGAAAUGUACCACACAAACCGCAUGGCGUCACUGAAAGAUUAGUCAGGAAAUAUACGGACCAAGAAGUAAUAUAAAGUAUGGUUUAGUGUUUCAUGAUAAAAGAUCUUGUGGGGCUGGGCAGUGUUUUGUUUUUAAUGGUAUCCCUUACAAAAAGAAGUUGCUAUUAUAGUAUACUUCCUUAGUAUAAUUUCAGUCUACUUUUAUGUACUUACACUUACAGAUAUACUACUACUAGUAUUUACAUAAAUUACACUCACAUUAAAUAAAUGUAUACUAAACUUUAUUAGGUAGACUUAAGCAUACUAAGGGAUACACACAAAGUAUACUCAUGGCUUUUGGAACGUUUUAAGGACACUAGUGAAAGGUUGCCUUUCUGGUUCACAAAACACCAAUCAUAGGUGCAUGUAAACAGGCCACUGCAUGCUGUGGCCUUUACCGUGUCGGACACAUGCCAACAUAGCAGGAAUGAUUUGAUUUAGUGGAAUUUCGGCCUAGAAAUGCAAGUGGACGAAGCCAAGCAUCAACACAUAAGAGUUUAAUGAUCCCUUUGCCCACAUGGCCUCUUGUUACCGUUGUGCUGCUUAUUAGCCUUAAAAAAAGAACUUAGAAAUAAACAGACUCCACCCACUUGUCACACCCCACCAGAGACCAAACUGACCACCACACCCACCAGCUAUAAGCUUUCUGCACAUUCCGGUCAGACCAGCCUCUUUUCAAUACUAUAACUUUACAACAAAAAAUAAGAGUGAAACCUUUCUAAGUUUAAACAAGAGCAGCACGUUAACAAUGGAACUACAAAAUGGGCCACUGCUAAUUACACCGUAGUCUUUCGCAAAGUUAAGCUGUUUAAGUCCAUGUACAUUCGUGCAGAGCUGGGAUUUCUACAUGUAAUCUCCUCCUUAAGAGGGUUUCCCUCUUGUCAGACUCAUUUUACGAGAUAAGCAUUUUGCGUGUGGACUGCAGGUAUGAGAACACUUGCCAUCUUUUCUCACUGUUCUCCGGUGAGACCAUGCGUCAAUCUCUUAAAAAAUAAAUAUGCAUAUAAAGCACAUACCUGUAAUGGUUAACAUAGCUGACCAAAUAGAUUUGGAAAAACUUUAUUGUUUUGAAUCACUAUACAAUAAAGAUUACACACCCAAGACAGCAUGUUUGUGAACAAAAUUUUGAGAGGUGUAGGGAAAGAAAAAGCAAGAAAAUACUUUGUUAGCAGUAAUAUAAAGGACUGAAUUUCAAAAGGCAUUUGGGUGGCUUUUCUUAAAUCUCACCUUUCAAAUCAAAAUUUAUUUCGAAAUUUGUGAUGUUCAAUCUCAGGUCAUCUCUGAAGUAUCCCCAAAAAGCAUCAAAUGCAACCCAAGGAAAACUUCAAGGAUGCAGAAUUGGUCAUGUAGAGAUCAGAAUAUACGACUAGAGGAAUAUUGUUAAACCCAUAACAGCAUUAAAUGAAGUGCCAAGCCAGAAUGUUGUGUAGACGGCCAGACAGAACAUAAAGUUUUAAUAACAUCCAAUCACAAACCGUAAUGUUAGUAUUAAAAAUCAAAAAAAUGUAUUGUGCUUUAAUGCUUGGCGACAGACAGACCGUUGCAUUUGAAAGUAAAAGGGUUAUUGACUAACAGAAAAUCACAAUGGAAAGUUUUAUGAUAAACAAACCCCAUUCAGAGAUCUGAGGAUGCAAUACACUUAUUCUGUAUCCUACAUUUCAGUUGGCUGGUUCUUGCUUUUUUAUUUUAUCCUUCUUUGGAGAAACAAGAGAAAAGCUCAACACAAAGUCAAUGGAUUCCCCACUACCAAGUAUAUGACUCAGAAUGGCACACAAACAUUGCCAUUUCAACACUUCAACUGUACACUGGACUCUGUUCACUUUGUUCACUAAAACAUUCCCAUGUCUUUGAGGUGUGCCCUGCAUACUUGCUGCUGAAAGCCACUGUAACCCAUCUUAGAAUGGACCAUCGGCCAUUGCUUAAACCCGAGGACUGAAGCUGUCUCUAUCUUGAGAAGAAGACUGUGCCAAAACUGUACACCAAACUUUAACUUAACAUUCAGUCAUGAAAAUUCUUCUCUGGUAAACCACGGGUUUAGUAAAGGAGCAAAGAGUCAUUCAUUAGGUUGUCAUUGUUUAGUGAAGUAGUUUAUUUUGGCUGUACCCAUAUCUCAUUGUUUGUACUUUGUGUUGAGAGAAUGAUUUAUCUGAUAAUGGUCUCUGGAAAUGUCUAUUUUCUUGUGCUGAUACUUGAAGAAGCACUGUUUGUCUGACCUGCAUCAUCUUUCUGCCUUCACUGCAAGGGCCUGUGUGAGAAUUGUCUGAAUAAAGUUGUUUUUGUAAUGUUUUUUUACAGAUUAUGUCCAUUUGGGAAUGGAACUAUAUAGCGUGCGUGCAAUGGGAAUAUUAGA